ACAGACGCUCGUUGGUUUAUUGGAGCAGUGGAAUGGGAAGGUGUACACGGUCAUUAUGAUCCCCAUAUCCCGCCUCCUCCGCAUGAACGCCUCCCAACGGCGGUCAGUCACUUCCACGCUCUUCGGCCUUACAUUCUUCGCCGCCCUCGUUACUGUCGCUUUCCCUUGUCCAGCGACGGAGAGGAAUAUCAGGGGAUUACCGAAGGAGCACGACGUCUCGUCCGAAGACAUGUUUAGGAGGUCAAAUAAGAGGAAGUGGAUCGAAGAAGUGCACCGAUAAAGGUAGCUUGAGGAUGGAGCAAAAAUUAAUAACCGGCAACUGUACCACUAGUAAUCAAUCUAAAACUUUCAAUCCGAAUAUUUAAAU